AUGACCGGGGUGUCAGAAGCCAACGAAGUAGAACAGGCAGAGAAGAACAUAGUAAUAAACAAUUUACAAGAGGUAUUUGAUGAAGAUUUCGAAAAUAAUAGAAACAUCACAGAGAUAGAGGAAACAGAACAAAAUAUAUUUGAAACCACACCUCCAUCUAAAGAAUCAAAGCAAAAUGAAAUAUCCAAAGAGAUAGAAAAUUCAAAGCCAUUACAAGUGGGUUUACUGGAAAACAACAGUUUUGAGGAUGUUGCAAGUACUAGUAAAAAUAUAUUGAAAACAAGAAAUAAUGAAACAUGUUGCUCAUAUACAACAAAUGCUCAAAUGCCAAGUCCAUUCAAGGGAGUUUUUAUUUUGCCUGAAAAUACAGUAAAAACUGUUAAAAAGCGAGCUUUUAGAGAGCCCAUACCUUCACGAGAGAAAAUAGAACGAGAAAAACGUGAGAAAAAAAUUAAAAGAGAGCAAACCAAGCUGUUAAAGUUACAAGAAAAAGAAGAGAAAAAACGAAAAAUUGAAGAAACAAAGCUUAUCAAAAGACUCCAAAGAAAAGAGGCACAAAUUAAAAAACGCAGAAAAUUGAGUACAACUUCUGAUGAAUCUUCUGACUCUUCCGUUGACAUGUUAAUCGAAUCUGAGGCUGAGGGAGAUAACUGGGAUCAACCUUUAUCAAAAGAUAGUGACAGAGUUGAAGAAACUACAGUAGCUAAAAAUGUUUUGAAAGAAGAAAACUUUGUUAUAAUAUUAUACGAUGGAAAAUAUUAUCCCGGUCAGAUAAAACAGAUUGAUCCAAAAAAUCAAUCUUAUUUAGUAACCACGAUGGAACAGAGCGGUUUGAACUUUAGAUGGCCAGAAAAUGAAGAUGUUUUAUGGUAUUCACGGGAGGACGUCAUUAGAAAAAUUGAAAAACCAAGACCUGUAAAUUCAAGAGAUAACGUUUCUAGACGCGAAUGGGAAUUGUCUAAUAAAACUGCAAAUUUACCUUCGUUAGUAGAUUGCAUUGAUUUUUUAAAGAAUCGUUGUAGAUUAUUGGAAUCUUUAGAGGUUAACAACGAACCGUACAACAGAACUUCUUCUAGCAAAACCGGUUACACACACAUUAAAAAUUCUAAAUCAUUUUUAGUAUCUUCUAAUAAAAACUGUUCUCUGUGGAAAAAUGAGCACUUAAUUUAUGCUUGUCCAGACUUUCUCAAACUAGAAGCAUCAUCUAGACUUAGUGAAACCAAACGUUUAAAACUAUGUAUUAACUGUCUCCGUUCAGGGCAUCUAACCAAGGACUGUCGAUUCUCCGGUUGCAGAAAAUGUCAUAAGGUGCACAAUACCCUUCUUCGUUUUCAAAACACAAAAAAGGCAAACACCAAUAAUAUAUCCACAAAUGAUAUUACACAGCCAAUUAACCAAAGUGAUUCUGAGAUCUUACGAUCCCACACAGUGCAAACUAUAGCAAAUGAAGUUGCUCUUACAACAAAGAGCGCAUUUACAAAACCCAUGGUUUUGAAGUCAACAGCAAUGGUGAAAAUCUCAGAUAAAUAUGGAAAUUUACAUGAUUAUAAAGUAUUAUUAGAUUCAUGA